AUGCUCAGCCGCACCGCCUUUUCCGCCGUUCGCCCCGCCCUGGCCCGCGCCUACUCCAGCACCGCCGCUGCUGCCACCCCCAACGGCCUUCGCCUGCUUUUCUCCGCUCCUCAUGAGGCCUUCUACAACAACGUCGAGGUUUCUCAGGUGAACAUCCCCGCCGUCUCCGGGGUUAUGGGUAUCCUGGCCAACCACGUUCCCUACAUCACCGAGCUCCGCCCCGGCACCGUCGAGGUUAUUGCCCUUGACAAGAGCGUCACCAAGUACUUCGUCUCCGGUGGCUUCGCCGUCAUGAACCACGACUCCUCCCUCAACGUCACUGCCGUCGAGGCCGUCAACUUCGACGACAUCGACAUUGACCUCGCCAAGGCCAACCUCGCCACCGCCUCCAAGGCCCUGGCCGAUGCCACCGACGACGAGUCCAAGGUCCGCGCCGAGAUCGACGUCGAGGUCUUCAAGGCCAUCAUCACCUCCACCACCGGCUCCACCAGCGUCUAA